AUGCCUCUCCUGCUACUUCAACUGCUGGUGGUCUUCCCUCUGGGGUCGACAGGACAGCACCAAAAUGACCACCACAGUCAGGGUUCUCUCUCCUUCGCACUUGCAGAAGGGAGUGUCCGCGACUACCCCGAAGGCAGCCUGGAGGACGAGGCUGAGGAGAAGCCAGAUCUGUUUGUGGCGGUGCCACACCUUGUGGGGGCCACCCCAGCAGCCUUGGAAAGCCAGGGACACAGAGGGAAGGUGCUGUCCAGGUUUGACAGGCUCCGGAAGCAGCCUGAGAGUGAGCGGCAUCUCCCUGAAGAUCCUGUCAGCAAGCAGCUCAUGGCCGGGGCCCCCGCGCUCACUCACCUACUGGCUGGGAGACACCCGGAGAAAUCUCCUCAGCAGGCAGAGGCCAAGAAAUUCUGGCACCGCUUCCUGUUCAGGAAGAGUCCGUCUUCGAAGGGAGUCAUCUUGCCCAUCAAAAGCCAUGAGGUGCAUCGGGAGACCUGUAGGACAGUGCCCUUCAGCCAGACCAUCACCCAUGAAGACUGUGAGAAAGCCGUUGUCCGGAACAACCUCUGCUUUGGGAAAUGUGGGUCUGCUAAUCUUCCUGGAGCCGUGCAGGGCCCCAAUACCUUCUGCUCCCACUGCUUGCCCACCAAGUUCACCAUGAUGCACUUGCAGCUGAACUGCGUGGGUCUGGCUCCAGUGGUCAAGGUCGUGAUGCUGGUGGAGGAAUGCCAGUGCCAGGUAAAGACGGACCACGAGGAUGGGCACCUCGAGCUGCCUGGCUCUCAGGCCCAGGAUUCCUUUAUCCCAGGAUUUUCAGCAUAA